UCUUACAUAUCCAGGUGUGUUUUUUGUGUGUUCCGUGACGAGGUAGCUUGACAACCGCGUUCGAGAGCGAACGAUAUCUUGGAAAUGUCUGCGAAGGCUAUCAGAGAAGCCACUGGGAAAGAAUUACUAAACAAAUUCCUCGGAGGCACAGCGUCUGUUUGCAAUUUUUGUCAAGUCAACGAAGAUAAUUUUGGACAAUGGGAUGCACUGAUCGCGGCCAAUCCGUGGAUGACACAGUCGAAACUUGUCGUGAAGCCGGAUCAAUUGAUCAAGCGAAGAGGAAAGCUGGGACUCAUAAAAGUGAACGUUGAUGCAGACGGCGCAAAGCAAUGGAUAAGUGAUCGCUUGGGGAAACCGCAAUUGGUUGGGAAAGCUACUGGGAAGUUGAGGAAUUUCUUGAUCGAGCCUUUCUGUCCACAUGAGCAGAGUGAUGAAGCAUAUAUAUGUAUUUAUUCCCAUCGUUACGCCGAUACUAUUCUAUUCCACCAUGAAGGCGGUGUCGAGAUCGGCGAUGUGGAUGCCAAAGCUGCUAAACUGGAAGUCCCCAUUGGCGAAACGCUGAAAGUUGAGGAUGUGGAAAAGCUUCUUCGAGAGCUUGAUCCUUCGAAAAUUGAAGCGACUGCCAAAUUUGUGAUGACGUUGUACGACGUGUACGUAGAUCUCUUUUUCACCUAUCUGGAGAUAAACCCGUUGGUCAUCACGAGCGACAGCAAGGUUCACGUUCUGGAUUUAGCUGCGAAGUUGGAUUCCACUGCUGAGUUCGUAUGUCGAGCAAAAUGGGGUGAAGUUGAGUAUCCUCCCCCAUUCGGUCGCGACGCUUAUCCAGAAGAAGCCUACAUUGCCGAUCUUGAUUCGAAAACCGGUGCUUCUUUGAAGUUGACCUUGCUGAACCCGAAUGGACGAAUUUGGACUAUGGUUGCCGGAGGCGGGGCUUCUGUCAUUUAUAGUGACACCAUAUGUGAUCUUGGAGGUGCUGAGGAGCUCGCUAACUACGGGGAAUAUUCUGGAGCUCCGAACGAACAACAAACCUAUGAGUAUGCGAAGACUCUGUUAUCACUGAUGACGAAAGUAAAGCAUCCGUCGGGCAAAGUGCUUAUUAUCGGUGGUGGAAUUGCCAACUUCACGAAUGUUGCGACGACAUUUAAAGGAAUCAGCACGGCACUGCGCGAGUUCCAGCCGAAGCUGAUCGAACACAGCAUCAAGAUUUUCGUUCGACGUGCGGGACCGAAUUACCAAGAAGGCCUGAGAGUCGUCCGGGAAGUUGGCAAGAGCCUCGGAGUGCCAUUGUACGUUUUCGGUCCAGAAACCCACAUGACUGCCAUCGUUAGCAUGGCUUUGGGCAAAAAAGCAAUUCCGAGUGAGCCAGAAAGCGAGACACAUACUGCAAAUUUCUUAUUGCCCAGUGGUAUGGAGAAGGCACCUGCGAAACCCGCGAGAACGACAAGCGUCGAUGCUAGAGGUGACGUGCCAACUUCUGUUACUCCACAAGAUGUCUCGACUAGUCCGGAUGGAGUACCUCGACGCAAGUUAUUCUCUGCAAAAACGAAAGCUAUCAUUUGGGGGAUGCAGAAUCGGGCUGUUCAAGGAAUGUUGGACUUCGACUUCGUAUGCUCCAGACCAGAUCCCAGCGUUGUGGCCAUGAUCUAUCCUUUCACAGGCGAUCAUAAACAGAAGUUUUACUGGGGUCAUACUGAAAUUCUGGUGCCAGUGUACAAAAACAUGGCUGAUGCUAUGGCUAAGCAUCCAGAUGCAGAUGUGCUCGUCAGCUUUGCUUCUCUCCGCUCAGCUUAUGAUUCCACCAUUGAAACGAUGAACUUUCCCCAGAUAAGAACCAUCGCGAUUAUCGCGGAAGGAAUUCCUGAAAACUACACCAGACAGCUGAUCAAAAUGGCUGACGAGAAAGGUGUUACCAUCAUUGGACCAGCAACUGUUGGUGGAAUUAAGCCGGGAUGUUUCAAAAUUGGGAACACUGGAGGCAUGAUGGAUAAUAUUCUGAGUUCCAAAUUAUAUCGCCCAGGAAGUGUGGCUUAUGUUUCUCGAUCCGGUGGAAUGUCCAACGAAUUGAAUAAUAUCAUUGCCCGUGCCACAAACGGCGUCGUUGAAGGUGUUGCCAUUGGUGGUGAUCGUUACCCAGGAACCACAUUCAUGGACCAUUUGUUACGAUACCAGGAUGAUCCUGAUGUAAAAAUGCUGGUUCUUCUGGGUGAAGUUGGUGGAGUGGAGGAAUAUCAAGUAUGUCAAGCUUUAGAGGAGAAGCGAAUCACAAAGCCGAUCGUAGCUUGGUGCAUUGGCACGUGUGCAACGAUGUUCACCACUGAUGUUCAGUUCGGCCAUGCGGGUGCAUCUGCCAAUGCUGAGAGUGAGACGGCAGUAGCAAAGAACAAAGCUCUUGCUGCUGCCGGUGCACUAGUUCCACCCUCCUUUGAUGAGCUGGGGGAAGUAAUCGCUGAAGCAUAUGAAAAUCUCGUUGGUUCGGGUGUCGUCAUUCCUGCGCCCGAAGUACCUCCUCCUACUGUUCCGAUGGACUACUCAUGGGCAAGGGAGCUUGGCUUGAUCAGACGUCCCGCAUCGUUCAUGACCACGAUUUCGGAUGAAAGAGGCCAAGAGCUUUUGUACGCCGGAAUGCCAAUCACACAGAUCUUCAAGGAAGAUAUGGGUAUUGGUGGGGUAUUGUCUUUGCUCUGGUUUCAACGUCGACUCCCAGCGUAUGCCUGCAAGUUUUUCGAGAUGUGUUUGAUGCUGACGGCUGAUCACGGUCCUGCGGUGUCCGGUGCUCACAACACAAUUGUUUGCUCGCGGGCUGGGAAAGAUCUUGUGUCGUCUCUUGCCUCCGGACUUCUAACGAUUGGUGAUCGAUUUGGCGGGGCGUUGGAUGGUGCCGCGAAACAAUUCAGCGAAGGUUAUGAUUCCGGUUUGAUCCCCAUGGAGUUUGUGAACAAGAUGCGAAAGGAAGGUCGCCUCAUCAUGGGGAUUGGGCAUCGAGUGAAAUCGAUCAAUAAUCCUGAUAUGCGAGUUACGAUUCUCAAAGACUUCGUGAAGUCUACUUUUCCACAAAAUCCUGUGUUGGAUUACGCUUUAGCCGUAGAGAAGAUCACAACAUCGAAGAAACCGAAUCUGAUUUUGAAUGUGGACGGCGUCAUUGCUACAUCCUUCGUGGAUCUUAUUCGCCAUUCGGGCUGUUUUGGAACGGAUGAAGCGCAAGAAUACAUCAACAUCGGAACAUUGAACGGUCUUUUCGUUCUCGGUCGCAGCAUGGGAUUCAUCGGUCACUAUCUGGAUCAGAAGAGAUUAAAACAAGGACUCUAUCGACACCCGUGGGAUGAUAUUUCAUACGUCAUGCCGGAGACCUAUUCGGAACCGUGAAAACUGACUCUGAGACAGGAUAAUUGACGAAUUGCACGAUCACGUUUGACAAUGUCUUCUUCCCUCUUCAGCUUUUGUGUAGUUAUUUUUUUUUUGUGUGUGCCGUCGGUUGAGUUGAAAUGUGAAGAUCAGGGUUUUUUUCAAGUCUGUUCAAAUUUCAACGAAAUGCUUUGUUUUAGCUUUGGAGCUUAAAAUCAUAGGCCAAUCCUCAGUUGUGUCGAGUGGGAACAUGGGUUGCUCGGAUAGAAUGGAUCUGUGUUAAGUUAAUCUCGGUCAAAUUGCGUGGGUUUUCUUCCACCAAUUUUAAAACAGCAAUCUCCUGAAUCUUUUUUUUCUGGACGCAUUGAAUGUGGGACGAAGUAUAUUGCAGAAUAAUUAGUUUAAACUGUGUAUUGACGAUUGUCUUUCUUGCCCGAUUGGCUAGUGCGAGUACCAACACCAUAUCAGUUCAGCGAAGCCAGCAAAAGCAGGUCUUUCAAGCAGCUGUGAAGGAAGUAAGGUUAUAUUUUAGGAAUGAGCAGUGCUAAAGCUUUUUGGUCAUUUGACAUCACUACAUUCCGUCACAUCGAUGCAGAAGAGACGCGAAUCUCCUAAUACUUGCUUCAAGCGCAAUUUUUCCUGUAACGUUAUCGCUGUAGGACUGUCUACUGAACUGCCCUCUGCAUGGUAGAAUUACGUGGGAAGACUUGCGCUUGAACUUGCUAUGGGGCGCGCAAAUCAGUAAUGUAUGUUUAGUUAUGUAUAGAAGGAAUAAUUCCGAGCGUUGAAAUUGUAGAUUAUGUUGGAAAAUAUGGAUCGUUAUUUAUCGAAAUCUUCACGUUAUUUUAAGGAAAUAUUGGGUUUGCGCCAUGUGCUGCGCUUCCAAUCGUUUUUGUUGAGUUUGUACUUCAUACUCGGCUUUAUUUGCAAUUUAUAUUAAUCGUUUCUUUUUGGGCUUAAUUUAAGGUGCUCGGUUACAUGGAUUUAUUGAAACCUUGUGAAACCAAAUGUAGGAAUCUUUUCAAUUUGUAUACCUGGAUUAGGUUGGAGAUCAUUUCUCCUUUUUUCAGAGGAUCUGCAGAUUGGUUUCGGAAAUUCUCGAGCUAAGGCUGUCUCGUUUUGAGGAUUUUGUUCUGUUUCCAUUCCAAAGCGCACAAGCAAAUGUUGGGCUCUUCAGGGUUUAAAUCAUGUUUGAAAUAUAGCCGGUUAUCAAAGCUGA